UAUGUCGGUCAAAUCCUACGUGACCCGCCUCCAUUUCUCAAACUUGGGCUGAACCCGGCACCACUGUCUGUGUUUUUAUGUCUGUAACUUGUCCCUUCGUCCGUCGUGGCUCGCCAAGGGCAAGACAGUUAUUACGUGUGUAGGCCUGGAUCCGCUAUCUGUAUCAAUCCGAUCCUGAGUUUACACGCAGCUAUCGUUACAUAGGUGCAGUACGCAACUCUCUACGCUUUCUCUACCUACGUACACACAUACGCAGUGGCAACCUGCUCGCUUCAAACAGGAGGAAACAUCGCAGAGCUCGUCUCGAGGUUCUCCAUUCCUCUAAGCCCCCCCGUGCGAAGCCCUCUGUCUUACCCCGUCUUGCCUCGUGACGUGUGAAGGGGUUGCAGGCAGGGCCGCCGGGAUCUCGUAAAAUAAAUCAGGUAAGCCUCGCAGCAAUAUCAGACAUGCAGCUGUUUUUUCGGCAUCACCUCCGUCACCAUCGUCAGCAACACCACGCGUAUCAUCUCAUUGGACGCGGUUGCGCGGUACCUGCCUACUUACUGCUAAGGUGCUUGCGUGGCUGCGUGCUGUCCCCUGUCUGCGUCCUUGACCUCGAACACCUGUUUUUUUUUUUUUCCUUCUCUCCUUCUCGACCCUUUUUUAUUUUCCUCAUUUUUUUUCUUUCUCUUGUUGACACUUAUCAUUAUUAUUAUUAGCCCUUGGGGUCAGGUUGGCCGGCGACCUGCACGGCUUUGCAUGAACGUUUGUGGGCCGUCU